CCCUUCCGCCAGCGCUUGGGAACUUCGGCCCCGGCGCUCAGUGGGCCGCAGGAGACUGCUGUUCUGUGUAGAGCGUGUUGUUUGUUGAGUCGGGUUUCCACGCCACCUGAGACGGUCAGCGGCGGUUGCCCACGGCUCAGCGCCUCCGCGGACUGCGGUCGGUCGUUGCCAUGACGGCGACCGCUGGGGGCCCUGGAUCUUGGAGUGAAAAUAUACUAGAAUAUUUUCUGAGAAAUAACCAGAUCACAACAGAAGAUGGCGCUGAGAUCUUUUGGUAUCAUGCUGCUAACCACAAGGCACAAGUGAAUGAGGCACUGAAAAGUCCUGCUCACAUGAUAGAGGCCGAUGUCCUUCUUCCAAGUGAUGGAUCAGAAUAUAGCCAACCAAUCAUGGCCCAUCCUCCUGAAACAAAUAGUGAUAAUACUUUACAGGAAUGGCUGAAUGAAGUUAUAAAAAGCAAUAAAGGCAUCAAACUGGAUUUCAAGAG